GUCUGCGGCGGGUCGGCGACAUUCCCCGGUGUUAUCGGCACGCCUCGGCAUGUUGGGAACGGUCGGUACGUGGGGAGUAGUACCACAGGAGAGUGGUGUAUAGGAACGUGUCAGUGACGAAUGCAGGGCAGUAAACCACAAACUGAGGAUCAAGGUAACUCAAGAAGGCACACCGGUCUGGAAAUAAGAGUCCUGUCCAAACAGGAAGGCAGUUGAUGUUGAUGUGGACGCACAGAAAGCUAUCACAAAUACAUUAUCCAUCAUUUUUACGCAUCAUUGGUUGAUUUCCAAUACCUUGAAUUACUAAAUGAAAGGAAUCAACAACAAAAGACUUUACAAAUGUCAUUUGGCCACGAACUGAAAGUAUCUUUGGAAGAGAUGAAAGAAAUUGAUUCCAACGGCAGCAUCGGGGACAACCAGACCAUGGGGUCACAGAAUAGUGGUUAUUCGGAUUCCAUUCUGAAACAAAGUCCCGCAGUCAUUGUUGUCUUUGUGAUCGGCUAUUUGUCCGUAUUUGUCGUGUGCAUCAUCGGCAACAUCCUGGUCAUCUAUGUGGUGAUGAAGAUACCCCGGAUGCGGACGGUCACCAACUACUUCAUCCUGAACUUGGCCACGAGUGACCUCCUCGUCGCCAUCUUCUGCAUCCCCUUCACACUGGUCGAUAACAUCAUCAAAGGCUGGCCAUUUGGGGGAUUCAUGUGUCGCUUGUCUCCUGCCGCAGCCAUUAUCAGCGUGGCUGCUUCAGUCUUCACACUGGUAGCUAUUGCACUAGACCGGUACUACGCUGUUCUGUAUCCAACAGUGAGCAAGUUCACGGUCAAGAGCACCAUUUGGACCAUCCGACUCAUCUGGUUCUUGGCCAUCAUCAUCGGCAUUCCAGUGAUGAUCGUCAUGGGCCCGCUGGAUGGUGGAGACCGCUUUAGCGGCACACAGAUGUGUGUGGAGCACUGGCCUACAGACGACUACCGGAAGGCCUUCACUGUCAGUCUCCUUCUGGUGUGCUUCCUCCUUCCACUCAGCAUCAUCGGGUACCUCUACGUCCGUAUCGGCUACCGGAUCUGGUUCAGCAUGACGCCCGGACAGACCAAAGCUGCCCAUGACGCUCGUGCUUCCGUCACAAAGCGGAAAACGAAAGUCGUGAAGAUGCUUCUGGUCGUGGUGGUGCUGUUCACUGUGACGUGGCUGCCUCUCCAUAUCGUCAUGAUGUUGGGCGACUUCGGCAAUCUGAGCCGCAAGCAACAACACGACCUCUGGAUCUACGUGUUUCCCGUGGCGCAUUGGCUGUCCUACAUCCACAGCGCGAUGGAUCCGCUCAUCUACGGCUACUACAACCGUGCCGUCAGGACAGAGUUCAAGACCAUGCGCACCCGCAGCAUGCAGAGCUCCAUCGCCAUGACGUCCUUCAGCGACGGUCGCACCAGGAUGUCGACAGUCACCUCCCGGUCCGUGCGCCGAGCCGCCGAGCACACGUCUACACCAUCGGAGCUGAUUAGAGAUUAAACACUUCACACUGAUCACUGCAAGUACAUCGUACACAAAUACUGUACCCACAGUAGAAGGUGUAUAACACAAUGACAGGUGGUAGAUAUUUUCAAAUUUCUACCUGCGAUUCUUGUACUCUAUCCCUGUGAUCUCAAAACAUAAAAGGAGUCACAAGGCGUGAAAACACAGUACUUCGUCGGUAAAAAUUGGCUGAUAUGUAAUUUUUCGGAAUGUAGAAAUGGUAGCUUGAAGUUGCGGACGUAGAGGUACCGUCAUCUGCUGUACAUCACCUAUAGACCAAAUCUGGUAACCAUUCUCAACAGACUUGCUUAAAGGUGUCCUAUCAGGCAAUUGCAGCCCACGCUUCCAGUCGACCUUUCUAAUUACUGCCCACAGAGCAAAGUGUUUGAAACGAACCCCUUCAAAAUUUGCCCCCCUUUCGCUAUUGAAUUGGGCGAGCAGACAGCAGAUCCCUGCACCGUGGGCAUACCGGAAACUCACAAUAGUAUGGUUACCAAUCUAACAUGUAGCUGACCUUCUACUAGUUAGCUUUCGCCUGUGUGUAUCAUUUUAGGAAUGUAUCAUAACAAAAAUUGAAUUUGAUUCCAGCUAGGGUAGAUUGUAAAAGAAACAAGAUGUGAAAACCAAGCAGGAAUUUCCUAACCACGAAGCAAACCUGCAGUGUUCAUAUGCAUAAUUCAUUAAGAGAAAUAAAUAUUUAACCUUUGUAAUGUACACAGAACAGCUGCUUCGAGGAAGAAAAGAUGUAAACAAUCGAUUAGAUGAUGUUUUGUCAAAGUGCCUGUGGUGACAGUAAGGAUGUUAUAGUCGUAUAUUUGUCAUGGAAGUAUUUUGCAGUUGCUACAUGUAUACGUUUGAAAAAAGGACGAAUAUAUACAGAAAUAUAAAACAUAUAGUAUGUAUUUACAGUAUUGGAUUAUAAAGAUAGCCAUUGGAAUUAGUCGUAAAAGGGAAUUCUAUAAGUAAUACUUAUGUUUCAACCAAGGUGCCAACGUACCGUGAAUAGUUCAGUCUAAGAUUUGUGACGCCUGAUGCUACGUUCACGUUUUUUUUACUUCUUAAUGUGAGAGACGUUGAGCAACCCACAUGAGUCGUAGUGUCUCUUGACUCACAGAAUGAAUAACUGUAUGAUAUUUAUGUCAAUCUAAUUAAUUUCUCGUCUUGCACCGUAUGUACCAACUUGAUGGGUCUUCGGGGGGAAUGUAUUUUAAUUAGGAUUGGGUGAAACUUUGUUGUGAAAUGACUUGGGCGACACGGUGCCUAGAAUUUAUACAAGCGUACAGACAUAAGGGCGCCUUUCGCACUGUGCUGUCAACUGGUACGUCAUCAGUUCACCUUAAUAGGUGAUCUCCAAUUGCAAAACUAUUCCCCAAAGAACAGCAUGAUGAUGUACGUGACGUUUGUAUAUUUGCAGACAAAUUCAGAGGCCGCAAUGUAAAUAUUGGAUUGUAUCUGAUUGAUCUACACGAUACUUGAAGGUCCAUAACAAAGGGACUUUUUUUUAUUAAACGAAAAAUACGAAAUACAUACACAUUGAUACUGCACUCAAGCUAAGAGCUCAUGUUGGCGGCACCGCUAACAAAAUACAGUCAAUGACAUACACAAGGGUACGGGAAUCGUCAUUAUGAGUAUAUAUAACAGAGGUGAUAUAAAAAAGAUAAAGCUAACAUAAUGCCAAUAGUGUAUAGUAACGGUACUAAUAUUAUAACAACAGAAAAUCUAUUAAUUAUGAAAAGCGUUUCGUUUCUAACAAAUACGACUGAGCAUUAGCUAUAGAGGAGAGCAGAGCUAGAGGCGCACCUCUAAUUAACAAAUGUAUAGUAGCUGUUUCUGAUAAGGCAUUUCUAUUAAGAGUUAAGAAAUUAAAAUUUUCAAGUCGGUCAAAAAGAAGUAAACGUUAGUUGAUAUAUUUAGGGCAGUGCAAUAGGUAGUGGGAAAUGCUUUCGCAUCGGCACCCGCAACGACAGGAAGGAUUAUCAACUAAGUUACGCAUAAAGAAA